AUGAGUUCUUCUCCUAGUGAGGUUGCAACUUGCAAGAAUGAAGGACUCCCACAGACACAACGAACUGGUGGUGCACGUUGGUUUACAUUGGUCCUUGAUACCGAGUUAUUCCCAAACUCCCUCCCCAGAAGAUGGUUUGGAGAGGAAGAAAGAAACGAGAAGAAGACGCCUCCUCUUCUCAGCCCGUUGGGCCUGGUCACCGUUUCCUUCAGCCUUAUCUCCAUCAGCUCUCCCGCCUGGUCUCCCCGCCGCCUCAGUACUGGUCGUGACAGGGUGCACGCCAGCGAGAAGCUCUAUGGUUUCAGGUUCUUUGACGCAGCCAGGAGCCGGAUCCUGGACGCAUGGAUGGAGCGGUUUGGCGCGCUCGACGCGGCCAAGGCGAUCCUGCCGGACGCCGGCAGGCUGGUCGAGCACGCCAAGAUGAGGCAGUCCGAGGCUGCUGCAGCCUGA